GGCAGCUUCAGUUCAGUUUCUCCUCCGCCAUUCCUGAACCAUUUUCGCAGUCUCUCUCUCUCUCUCUUCCAUGGCUUUGCGUAUUUCUCUCUCUCCGCCGUCGAUUAGAUCCUCGCCGUCGUUGCCCUGCAGCGGAAGGCAGCCGAUUGCCGCACUUCCCGAUGCUAAGAGCGGCUGCUUUAGUUCAAAGAGGUUGAGUGUCACUAGUAGCAGGAGCAUUGGUGUUUCCAGUGGAAAUCGGUCCUUCAAGAUCAAUUCCAGCUUGGAGAUUGCUGGCGCUACUGUCGGCAAGGUCACCGAGGUCAACAAAGACACGUUUUGGCCCAUCGUCAAUGCCGCUGGUGAUAAAACUGUUGUGCUCGAUAUGUACACCCAAUGGUGUGGACCCUGCAAAGUGAUGGCCCCAAAAUUUCAAGAGUUGUCCGAGAAAUAUCUCGACGUUGUCUUUCUAAAGCUCGACUGCAACCAAGACAAUAAGCCAUUGGCAAAGGAACUCGGGAUAAAAGUCGUGCCGACCUUCAAAAUUCUAAAGGACAAAAAGGUCGUUAAAGUAGUAACUGGGGCAAAAUUUGAUGAUUUGGUUCUCGCCAUUGAUGCUGUAAGAUCCAGCUGAAAUCUCUCUUCUCUUCUCUUCUCUUCUUUAGAAUUUCAAAGAAUAUAAUGCAAGGAAGAGUAUAUCUACUCGAUUAGAAGAAGCAAUUCAACAGCAUCCCUCUUCUUGCUAAGAUAGUUGGAAAUCAUUCUGUAUAUAGAUGUUUGGGACAGGAACAUUUGAAUAUAGACAAUGACAGUUCCUACAUGAUCCGAACAUUAUUUUUCUAUGAACAUUUGAUGUUGGUUGAUUUUGUAGUAAUGUUCAAAAGUCUUUAUGUUUAGUUU